AUGUCUAAGCAAACCAUCGUUGUCUUCGGCGCCACUGGCAAGCAGGGCGGCUCCGUCGUCAAGUCUCUGCUCCAAGAUCCCAAGUCUGCUAGCAAGUUCCACGUCAAGGCCGUUACUCGCGACGUUUCCAAGGACAGCGCAAAGUCCCUUGAGGCUCUCGGCGCUGAGGUUGUCUCUGCCGAUCUCGACAAGCCCGAGACCCUUUCAUCGGUCAUCAAAGGUGCCUAUGGUGUCUUCUCUGUUACAAACUUCCUCGAGAAACUUAACGCCGCGCCUGAGAUCGUCCAGGGCAAGGCCGUUGCCGACAUCUGCAAGGCUGAGGGUGUCCAGCAUCUCGUCUGGAGCAGCUUGUUGAACGUGACCGAGCUCACGGGCGGCAAGCUCAAGAACGUUCACCACUUUGACAGCAAAGCCGAGGUAGAGGCUUACAUUCGUGACAUCGGUGUUCCUGCUACCUUCUUCCUUGCCGGUUAUUUCAUGUCUAACCUCCCGGGCAUGUCGAUCCGAGAGAUGCCUGACGGCAACUGGGGCCUUGGUCUCCCGACUCCCGCUAACGCGCCCAUGCCGCUUUUUGCCGCCGAACUUGACACUGGCAAGUUCGUCAAGGGCAUCUUCCUUAACAAGGACAAAGUCCUCGGAGAGCGCAUCUACGGUGCAACAGCUUACUACACCCCUACCCAGAUAAUCGAGGAGUUCAAGGAGAGCUACCCCAAGGUUGCUGCCACCACUUCGUACAACGAGCUCCCCGCGGAGGUCUACAAGAGUAUCUUGGGUUCGAUAGGUCUGCCCCCGUCCUUCCAGGAGGAGAUGUCGGAGAAUCACCAGCUUUUCUCUGUUGCCGGUUACUUUGGCGGUGCUAAUCUUGACGCCAGCCAUGCUAUCGUGGGGGAGCCAUUGACCACUUGGAAGCAGUAUAUCGCCAACAACCCCGCCUUUGCUGCCAUCAAGUCCUGA